UCCCUCCGCGUGUAGUGGUGCCUAUAGUGAGCAGGCGCAGAAGUUGCACCCGGCUUCGAGGCGGAGAAGGAGGAGCGCGGGCGGGGUUUUUGUCGUGCGGAUCAAAAUGGCGGAGCGCGGCUACAGUUUCUCUCUCACCACAUUCAGCCCUUCAGGAAAGCUUGUUCAGAUUGAAUAUGCUUUGGCAGCUGUUGCAGCAGGAGCCCCAUCUGUUGGAAUUAAAGCUGCAAAUGGCGUAGUACUGGCAACGGAGAAAAAGCAGAAGUCCAUUCUGUAUGAUGAACGAAGCGUGCACAAAGUGGAGUCCAUUACCAAACAUAUAGGCUUGGUAUAUAGUGGCAUGGGCCCUGAUUACAGAGUACUUGUCCACAGAGCACGCAAACUGGCCCAGCAAUAUUACUUGGUUUAUCACGAGCCUAUUCCAACAGCUCAGCUAGUACAGAGAAUUGCUUCAGUGAUGCAAGAGUACACACAGUCUGGGGGUGUACGGCCAUUUGGAGUAUCAUUACUGAUAUGUGGGUGGAAUGAGGGACGACCAUAUUUAUUCCAGUCUGAUCCAUCGGGGGCUUACUUUGCAUGGAAAGCAACUGCAAUGGGCAAGAAUUAUGUGAAUGGGAAGACGUUCCUUGAAAAGAGGUACAAUGAAGAUCUGGAGCUUGAAGAUGCCAUUCAUACAGCUAUCUUGACGCUAAAGGAAAGUUUUGAAGGACAAAUGACAGAAGACAACAUAGAGGUUGGCAUUUGUAAUGAGGCAGGAUUUAGGAGACUUACUCCAACUGAGGUUAAGGAUUACCUGGCUGCAAUAGCCUAGCAGAGAUCCUGGAUACAUGGAAAGAUCUUUCUUGUUUUUCUUCUUUUUAAAAAAUUCAGUCACUUAUUUGGCUUCUGCACUCUGGUUUCUGCUCUGGUUUCUGAUAGAUUUUUUUUAAAAAAAACACAAAUAUUAUGGAUCCAAGAAAGCUAUUGUUCUAAUACUGAAAUGUCAAAUGAUUGUUCUUGAAACAUUGUACAAAAAUAUAAUGUGAGUUUAGACCAUCUGAAAAAAUAAAAAAAUAUAUACAAA